AUUAUUACAGUUUAUGCUUGUCAAGUACAGUGUCGGACACCCACGCUUCACUGCUGUUUCGAUUUAGCUUCUGACCUCCAAGCUUCAAGAAAGACUUUUCCAAAACAGGAUGAAUAGACUGGUAUAGUAUGAGCACAAGGAAGCCACCAAUUGCGCCAAAGGCGCAAGGAGCGGGCGGGCCUGUGGAGGCGCUUCACGGCCAGGCACUCGACAGCUAUGCCCCGUCGCCACACAAACACAGCUUCUCAGACCAUGGAGGACAGCUUGGCCCAACGCGGCCGCGCUCGCCAAGGCCGGCCGAGGUUUAUCACGCUGCGAUGGCAGAGCUCACGGAGGGCGAUGGGCGCGGCCUGACCAAGAUCAAAAUCAGCGGCGCCAGUCCAGCCAACUCCCCCGGCCGGCGCCGCGCCACUGCGUCGCUCGCCUCCGGGAGCACCCUCCACCCGCUCUCGCCACGAACCGUGUCAAUCCUGGACCACCCCGGGUCCGCCUCCGCCGCCGCGGCGGGGCUGUCGAUCACAGGCUCGGGCCUGGGCUCCAGCCUUCGGCCCGCCACCACCAGCGGCGGCGGUGCGGCGGUGCUGCUGUCGGGGACGAGUAGCUUUCGGACGAUGGGCGGGGCGAUGGAGGAGGCGGCGGCGGGCAUCCAGCGGUUGGUCAGCCCCACGGAUGCGGCCGGCAUGGGGCCGGGCGGUGUUUCUACGCCGCCGCGGAAAGUCACGUCGGCGCCCGACUCCCAGUCCAUGCAGGCCCAGCUUCGCGGCAGCAACCCCUGGCGCCCCAGCGGCGGCGGCGGCGGCACCGACCUGCAUUCCGGCCUCAUGCCGCAGCCGCCCUCGCAGCCGCCGCCUGCCGCCUCGCCGCCGCGCGCCUCACUCAUGGCCGCAAAUGGCGGCUUCGCCUCGGCUGCCGCAGCAGGCGCGGCGGCGGCAGCAGUAGCAUCGAGCGCAAUGGCUCUGGGCUCGUCGCCGGGGCGCGGCGGCGGCGUGCCCCCGGCGCCGCCACAGCAGCUGGUGCCCAUUCCGCCCAUGCCGUUUGGGGCUAGCUCGCUUGGGCUGCACGUGAACUCGUCGCCACCGCCGCACGGGCUGCCGCCGGCGGGGCCGGGGCAGGCGGCGAUGCUGGCGGCGGGCGGCGGCAGCGGCCGCGAGCGACGCAACAGCGCGUCUUCCACGGACAGCCCAGGGGUGUACGACUCCCCUAUGGGCGGGCCGGCUCCCCCCCACCUGGCCUCGCUGCGAGUGGCUACCAUGGGGCGUACCGGCUCUCCGCUGUCGCCGCAGCCUUCCACUCCAGGCUCCACGAGCGGGCCGGGCGGCGGCGGCGGCGGCGCCGGCUCGUUGCCGCACACGCCCACCGCCGCCGGCUGCUCCAGCCUCAAGCCGCGGCCGCCGGGCGAGGCGCCGCUGGGCAGCCGCGCCUCGCGUAAGUUCUCCCACCUCGCCAACAGCCCCGCCGCGGGGGGCGCCCUGACGUUUGGGCCCGCCUCCGCGCGCCACCUGCACCUGCACACCGGCUCAGGCAUCCCGGAGGAGUUCCUCACCGCGCAGCGCUCUAACUCCGGCGGUGGCGGCGGCGGCGGCCUGACGUCCACCCACUCCUUCGCCGCCAACCUGCUGUACAACAACUUCAUGGCAGGCAACGGCAGCCAGCCCGGCACGCCCGUGUCUAGCUCGCGGCCCGGCAGCGGGCGCAACAGCAGCGCCCGGUCACGGCCGGUGGCGGUGCUGGUAGACGCGGUCCGCACCAAGGAUGAUGACAAGCUGCGGGAGGCCAUUGAGGCGCAGCGGGGGCCGCAGGGCAAUAUCCUGGGCCUGAACGACCGGCACCACGUGACCUGCCGUACGCCGCUGCACGAGGCCGCCAUGAGCAGCUGCACCAGCAUGGUGGCGUUGCUGCUGGCGGCGGGCGCCGACCCCAACAUCCCCCACCCCACACAGGGGCCUCCGCUGCUGCACUGCGCGGCGUUUGGCGAGGUGGACACGAUGCAGCUGCUGCUGCUGGAGGGCGCGGACGUGAACGCGGGGGAUGUGGAGCAGCAGACGGCGCUGCACUUCGCGUGCGCGGGCGGCCACGUGGACGCGGCGCGCCUGCUGAUCAAGUUCGGGGCCGACGUGCGCGCGCGCAACGAGGACGGCCAGGCGCCCUUUGACCUAGCGCAGCCUGAGAUGCUUCGGCUCGUGUUGGCCGGCGACGUCGUGCCCAGCCCCGACCGCCGGCCCGGCUCCUCCGCCUCCACCUCUCGCCCCUCCUCCCGCUCCGCCGCCCCAACGGCGGAGCGCGGACUGGGCGGCGGCGCGGAGGGCACACCGCCGAGCGCCUCGGGCCUUGGCGGCGGCGGCGGCUCGCGUCGCAGCCUCGGCGGCCGGCCGCCGCUGGGCAGCACUGGCGGCGGCAUGCCUUCAAGCCCCGGCAUGGUGCCGCUUGACCUCGCGUCGUUGACGGCGGCGGCGGCGGCCGUCCACGGCGCCGCCUUUGGGAGCGGUGGCGGCGGCGGCGGCGGCAGCGGCGGCGGCAGCCUCAACAACUCCAUACGGCCGGCACCGCCCUUGGUGGACAUGUUGGGUGCCGCCGCCGUGGCGAGCGCCGCUGGCGGCGGCGGCGGCGGCGGCCCGCGCUCCCGCCGCAAUAGCGGCAACUUCACGGCCGCCGUCAUGGGGUCGGCGGCGCCGCCGUCGGGGCCGCCGCCGCCGCCGCCGUCGCAGCCCGUGCACUCGCCGCCGCCGGCGCCGGGGCAGUCGCCGCUGCGGCACCCGGGUGAGUUGGCGCCCGCCGGCAGUGGAACACUGUCGUCGGCGGCGGCCACGCCUGCUGGCGGCGCCGCCGCCGCUGGCGGCGGCGGCGGCCGCGCGCCCGCAAGCCCGCUCCUUUCCGACGGCGAGACGGUGCCGCCGGCGUCGCCGCCGACGCUGACGCUGCCUGGCGGCGUGCGGCGGCAGCUGUCUCGGGGCGCGGGCCUCGGCGACAUCCUCCACGCCUUCCAACAGGAUGACGCCGAAAUGGUGAAGAGGUCCCAACCACCGGACGCCACGGCGCACGUGUCGUCAGCGCAGGGGCACGCGGCGCACGGUCACGCGCCGCUGCCGCCGUCCGGCUCACACCACCCGCCCGGCAUCCCCGCCGGGCCUUCCGCUGCGGCUGCCAAGUUCAAGGACACGCCUCCCCGGCCACCCAGCGGCGGCGGCGCUGCGGCGGCCCCCGCCGCGCCCGUUGGCUUCAUGCCCUCAGCCGCCGCGUUCGCGGCCUUCGCCGGCAAGGCGGCGCCGGGCGGCGGCGCGAGCAACAGCACUGCCAAGGGCAAGGACGAGAAGAAGGAGGAGCCGCAGCAGCCGCUGCUGCCCUUCUCCAUGCCUGAGACCUCCAUGAUCCGCUUCGGCAUCCCGCUGCAGGUGCACGCCGCAGACGAGGCGGAAGCCAGCGCCGGCGGCGGCGGCGGCAGCGAUGGCGGCGCAGCCGACGCUGACGGCCUUCGCCGCAGCAGCGGCGACGGCGCCGGCACUGCCAGCCGCCAGUCCAGUGCAGCGCAGCCCAUGCCAUCCUUCUCUGCUCAAUCACGGGUCACGGCAGCGCCCUCGUUCGUGUCAUUCGGAUCGCCGGCGGCGCCGCCGCCGCCAGCGCCUGGCGGCGGCGGCGCCGCCGCCGCUGUUGGCUUCCACCCGCCGACGCUGACGGUCCCUUCGGCUGCUGGGGCCAGCAUCGGGUUCAGCGCAGUGGGUUUCAUGCCAGUGCCCACCACCGGCUUCACACCUCGCAUCAGCAACAGCGGCGCCGGCGGCCCCACCGGCCCCGGGAGCCGCGUGAGCACCAGCGGCGACGACUUCGGCGGCCCCACGCCGCCGCUUGUGCGCGACAGCUCCCCCGUCCGGGAGCGCGGCGGCGGCGCAGCCGCCGCCGGCAGCAGCGGCGCCGCGGCGGGUGGCGGAGCCGCAGCCGCCGGCGGAGCCGGCGCCGCAGGCGGUGCCGCCGGCCGUGCCGCCGGCGGCGGCGGCGGAGCCGCUGGCUCGGCCGGCAGCCACGGCAGCGCCGCCGGCGGCAUGGGCGUGUCGGGCAGCGGCGGCGGUCGCUUUAUGCCGACGCGGACUAGCCAGCUGGCGGCGCAGGCGCUGAAGCGCAUGAGCAACACGAACGUUAGCACGGAUGCGAUCGAGAUGCGUGCCGCCGCCAUGUUCCGGCAGAGUACGGAGAUGACGGCGGGCGAGAUGGCGUGGACGCGCGGAGAGCUGCUGGGCGAGGGGGCGUACGGCAAGGUGUACGCGGGCCUCAACCAGCAGACGGGCGAACUGAUGGCGGUCAAGGUGCUGCAGCUGCUGAGCAAGCACGGCAACAAGGAGGCCGUGUUUGCCCAACUGGAAGCGCUAGAGCACGAGAUGAGUCUGUACAAGAAGCUGAAGCACAAGCAUGUGGUGGGCUACAUUGACGCCCGGUUUGACACCAAGACAUCCGCCUUCUACAUAUUCCUGGAGUAUGUGCCAGGCGGCUCCAUCACGUCCAUGUUGAACCGCUUCGGCCGCUUCAGCGAGGACCUGGUUCGCAACUACACGCGGCAGCUGCUGAUGGGGCUGGAGUACCUGCACGGCUGCAAGAUCGUGCACCGGGACCUCAAGGGCGGCAAUGCGCUGGUGUCGCGUGACGGUAUCGUCAAGCUGGCGGACUUCGGCGCCAGCAAGGCCUACCGCGACCACACCAUCACAGACUGCAUGAAGUCGGUCCGCGGCUCUGUGUUCUGGAUGGCCCCCGAGGUGAUCCGCGGCACCGGAUACGGCCGCCGCGCCGACAUCUGGAGCCUGGGGUGCACCGUGAUUGAGAUGCUCACCGGCGCACACCCCUGGCCGCACCUGGACAACCAGUGGACGGCCAUGUUCACAAUCGCCAAGACGGAGGAGGGCCCGCCGCGGCCCAAGGGCAUCGGUGAGGAGGCCAAGCGCUUCCUGGACAAGUGCCUGCAGUUCGACCCCGCCAAGCGGCCCACGGCCGCAGAGCUACUGCAGGACCCCUUCGUGGCGCGCGUGGGUGCGGGGCCGGCGGCAGCAGGCAACAACAAUGAGGACCGGCUGCAACACUCCUUCUGAGCUAGCAGCGCAGCUGGGCUUGCCUGUCGGCUGGCCUUCUGCCGGGGCGCUGCAUAAUUUUGUGCGCCGAACAUCGUGUGUGGUGCUGCGCGUGCGCAAGCGUGCGUGCUAUCAUUAAUUAAUUUGUAGCGCGCUGCCUGCUGGAGCAGGGUAGUCAAUGUAGGUGGCGCGGAGCGGUGACGUGGGUGUGCGCCCAUGCUGGCGCACCGCCCGAGUCGUGAAAUGUUGGUUGCAAGAAACCGAGGCCAAGUGGAUGGCGGAUGCGCGCGCGUCCAUGUCGCUGUUGGCAAAACAAUGUCGGUGUGUGUAGUUGGUGGGAGCCUGGGAGGAACACUGCUGCAGCGUGCAUGGGAUGACUUCUGCACUUCUGCGCCAUUGGAUGAGCACUUGUUCAGGGAGUUCAACUUGAUAUGAAACUGGAACGGUAUGCGCGCAGGGGACCCGAGCUGUCGUGAACGAAACA